AUGUUGCUUGUACACCGAUUGGUGGAACAAUUAAAAGUAGCGACUGUUGCUGUUAUAGCUGUCGGUGAUGGUAGAGAGAGGGCUAAUAGAAGGGAAGUAUCGGACUCCGUGUUAGCGGUGUGUCGCGCGUGCCGAUUCGUACGACAAUUAAAACUGGCAGGCAAUCUGGCUCGGUCUCCCGUGGCGGUGGGUGGUAGCGGCGGUGGCGGUGGAGGCAGUGGAAGCGGCGGAGGAGGGGGUGGUGGAAAUGGUAGCAGCAACAGCGGCAACAGUGGCGGCGGAUCUGGCGGCGGUUCUCGGGCAACAGAGCCGGCUGCCGCUUCCGCCGUAUCCGUGGCCGUGGAUAAUGUCGCCGGUCAAUCGAGUGCCCCUCAGAUAAUCGAAUGGGAGGAGACCGAUCGUUACUCCUUUGAUGAUUCUGACCGUUUCGAAGAGGAUUCCCUGUGCAGCUGGAGCAGCGAACCGGAAUCGUUGUGUAAUAAUUGGAGGGGAUGGCGACGACCUACCGCUGGUUUAGGCAUUACCAAGAAGUUUACGGAAGAUGGACAAACAGUGCCGACGCUGUGCGAACUUGCCGCGCGAUGUGUCGCCUCUCACAUCCCGUUCGAACUGGUGGAGCACGUUUAUCCACCGGUUCCAGAGCAAUUGCAGCUCAGGAUAGCGUUCUGGAGUUUCCCGGACAACGAGGAGGACAUCAGACUCUACUCUUGUUUGGCGAACGGAAGCGCGGAUGAAUUCCAGCGUGGAGAACACUUCUUCCGAUCGAGGAGCGUCAAAGAUCCUCUACAAAUCGGGUUCCACCUGAGCGCCACAGUGAAUUCACAGGGGUUGUUAAAUGGGGUAAGAUCACAGUUCAAUGUGGCUGUGACGUUCGAUCGACGGAAGAUCACGUCGUGUAACUGCACUUGCUCCUCUAAGGCCUAUUGGUGCGCUCAUGUGGUCGCCGUGUGUCUUCACAGGAUACACAUGCCGACACAGGUGUGCCUGAGAGCUCCAGUUAGCGAAUCCUUGUCACGUUUGCACCGGGAACAACUGCAAAAGUUCGCGCAAUAUCUCAUCAGCGAGCUACCACAGCAGAUUUUGCCCACUGCCCAACGAUUGUUAGACGAGCUGCUGUCUGUUCAACCGAGUACCAUCAACAGUUAUUGCGGUGCCCCGGAUCCCACGGCAGGCGCCUCAGCCCACGAUCAAACGUCUUGGUAUCUCGAUGAGAAGACGCUGCACGACAACAUCAAGAAGAUCCUCAUCAAGUUCUGCGUGCCCGCUCCGAUUGUCUUCAGCGAUGUUAAUUACCUGAGCACCACUGCGCCUCCUGCAGCUGCCGAGUGGUCCUCGUUGCUGCGACCGUUGCGUGGUCGCGAACCGGAAGGCAUGUGGAACUUGCUGUCGAUCGUGCGCGAGAUGUUUAAGAGGACCGAUCGCAACGCUAUACCAUUGUUGGAGAUCAUCACCGAGGAGUGUAUGGCAUGCGAGCAGAUCCUCGUGUGGUGGUUCAACACAAAGGUAGCUUUGUUGAACGGAACCGGAUGUGGCGGUAAGCACAACAUGAACAGCAAUGUGCACGCCUCGCAGCACGCUUGCUCGUCCCUCUGCGAUGAGAUUGUCGUUCUAUGGCGACUGGCUGCCUUGAAUCCUGGAUUAUCGCCCGCCGAACGAGAUAUGCUUCACGGACAGUUUACUGCUUGGCACAUGAAGAUCAUCGACAAGGUAACAAAAAGUCGGGGCAGUUCGGUGACGCACAAUUCACAUAACAGAAAUAAUGGCGCUAGUCACAAGGAUUCAUUGAAGAACGACCUGGCUGUGUUCACUGGAUUUAAAUCGGCGCUCGAGGCGUGCUAUCUGGAUUGGGAGGAGUACACCUUGCCUGGUAUCACGUACACCGCCGGAAGCAAUCCCAUGUAUCAUUGUCCAUUCACCUGCUUUCGGCAUGCUGGCGAUACUAAGACCGAGGUGAACCAGGUGAAUUCAAGUGCAGCCGUGUUAAACUGUCAACUGCCUGUUUCCCAUCACCACGGUCGACGACCAUUGAGUUUAGGCCUGGUAGAGUUUAGUUAUAUGGAUAGAAGACGGCUGAACCCGCGAGAGUGUUCAGGACUAUGUUCACGAAGCGGUGGCGGUGAUGGAAACCGAAGCAGUGUCAGCUCAGAAGGUUUCUGCGAGAAUGAGACCGACAUGCCCGACAUUGCCGAGCCUCAAGUAGUUCUCGUUAGAAGAUCUUGCGCUCAACUAAAUAAUUGCGGGGAUACAGACUCGCAGGAGGGUGGUGGCAGCGAGUCGUCCUCGAACAGUAACGUCAGUCUGAAGAACGCUCAAAACUCGGACAAGCACCGCUCAAAUGCUUCGUCCGAGACCCAUAGUGAUAGUAGUGAUAGUAGCAAUAACAAAGCUGCCUGCGAUGCGAAGUGUAGCAGGACGAAUCUCGACUAUCGGGAGAAAUCUCGAACGGUGUUGCCUAAAGGGAAUAGUUCGAAGAGCGAGCAGGAGUCUGACCUAGAAAAGGAUCCUUCCAGAAGACCUUCUAAGGACGAGAGCUCUUCGUCGAGUAGCGACAGCCCGUCUGGUGACGAGUAUCAUGUUUAUUAUUAUGAUCCUAAAGCUGUGGUGAAUGGCUCUUCGGAUAAAGACUCCAAGAAUGAAUCACAAUCAACGUCCACUGCAAACGCGAGUACAGUAUUGGGCAAUCUAAUGAAAACAGAAGAUCCAUGGGACAUCCUGUUCGCUAGGGCUGAGGGACUCUACGCUCACGGCCACACGAGGGAAGCUUGUAUUUUGGGUGUUCAACUCGGCGAGGAACUAUUGGCUAAUCCACCAAAUCUCAUGAUCGAUGAACCUCCGGCGCCGGUGAAGGGGAAAAAGAAGAAGCAACAAGUAAACCCGGCGUCCCAUCAGCUCACGUGCCUUGCGUCCGCCACCUUGGCCAAAUGUUGCUUCCUGUGCACGGUCCUCGCGGAGAACCCGGAAUACUACAACCUAGCGUUCAGAGUUGGCUUAUUUGGUCUCGAGAUGGCUAGACUACCUGCUAACACGAAACCGUUGGAGGUUAAAUUGGCUCAUCAGGAAAGCGAGUUAGUUGGAUUAUUAAAGAAAAUCCCACUUGGUCCAGCUGAAUUGGCAAUGGUUCGGCAAAGAGCGGAACAACUGAGAGACGGAGUACUAAGAUCCAGAGGUCACGCGUUGCUUCCAAUCAUGUUGGCUAGCUUCAUAUUCGACGCCCUUAACACGUCAAGAAUAAAACACCUGUCCUCAGACGUUGACGAGAACCUUGGGUUCGACGCGGCCGUUGCUGCUUUGGGCUUGAAGGCGAAUGUGAGCGAAGCUGAUCAUCCUCUUCUUUGCGAGGGAACUAGACGCCAGAGAGGAGAUUUGGCCAUCACAUUGCUUGUUCACUACAAGGAUGAUCCUACAAAGGUAGCGAGAAUCAUGGAUAAGUUAUUGGAUCGAGAUGUUCAUCAAUUGAUUAAAUCACCAAUCCUUAGUAGCUAUUAUACAUCUAAUCCUCCAACUAAGAGUGAGAUGACAAGAUAUCUUCAUGACGAAGAGUGUUCUUCUCCCCUUGCUGGAAUGGAUACUGGAAAUGGUGAUAGUGUCGUUGGUACCAGUAGCAGACCGCAUAGCAGUACCAGUGCAGAAUUGGAAACUGGUAUGAGUACAAUCACGGUUCAGACGCAGAUCGUUCAACAACCUGUGCCUGCAAGGGCUAAAGAAACAAGAUACAAAAGCAAGAGAGUAUAUCCAUCAAUCCCCAACCAGCCAUCAGAAGCAGGCGCACACUUUAUGUGUGAGUUGGCAAAGACUGUUCUCACAAAAGCUGGUGGUAACAGUUCCACCUCUUUAUUCACGCAAGCAUCCACGAGUCAGAAUCAUCAUGGACCACACAGAGCUCUGCACAUGUGCGCUUUUCAACUUGGUCUCUACGCUCUUGGGCUUCAUAACUGUGUCACUCCUAACUGGCUCAGUCGUACCUACUCCAGUCAUGUAUCCUGGAUCACUGGUCAAGCGAUGGAAAUAGGAGCACCAGCGAUCUCGUUCCUAAUCGAAAGUUGGGAGGGACAUUUAACGCCUCCUGAAGCUGUUGGUAUAGCCGACAAGUCGUCCAGAGGAAGCGAUUCUAAUAUGGUUCGAGCAGCCGCAGAACUCGCUCUGUCUUGCUUACCGCACGCUCAUGCGCUCAAUCCUAACGAAGUACAGAGAGCCAUUUUGCAGUGUAAGGAACAAAGUGAUCUGAUGUUAGAGAAAGCUUGCAUCACGGUGGAGAACACAGCAAAGGGAGGCGGUGUUUAUCCAGAAGUACUGUUUCAAGUGGCAAAAUAUUGGUACGAGCUGUAUCUCAGGCACAUUCCUGGUGGAGAACAGCAAGAUGAUAUGCCACACGAUCCUCUUCAAUUAGAUCUUAACGGAGUGCUUCUGGUGGAACCUGGUCCUCCUCCAGUGGACAUGAACACUGCACAAAUGAUGCCUGGACCAGCUCAAACGGUUGUUGUGACCAGCACACAACCUCCUCCGCAACCAUAUCCAACACAUCCAACUAUAACCACGCUAGCGCCUUUAGGAGUUGGUAUACCAUAUGCAGUAAGCCCUUACAGUUUUGUGCAUCCUCACCAUCCAAUUCCAACCUUUGGUGGACCGAUGCCAUCACAUAGGGUAACUCUACCACCAGUACCACCACAUAUGUAUCAUGCGGCAUUUCCGCCUCAUCCGGGUCAUCCACAGCAUCCGCAACAUCCUCAACAUCCGCAACAUCCUCAGCAUCCACCACACCCGCCACAUCCCCAGCAUCCGCAACAUCCUCAUCAUCCGUCACAAUCCGCGCAACCACCAUCGCUGCCGCCAUAUUACACGCCGCAACCGCCACCACUACCGGGAACUCAUCAUUUGUUCACCAUGCAACAGCCUAUGCCAGUUAAUGUUCAAACUGGAGUUACGGGACCUAUUCCCGGGCAGAACAACAUGCCUGGAUCUGCUCUAGUUCAGACACAGCCUAUAAUAUCUACCGUAAGAACUCAGCCUCAGGUCCAUAGACAAACCCAGCCCUUCAGUCAGCAGCAGCUUCGUUCUCUAGUUGCUGCAUACCGUGUGGGAAUGUUAGCAUUGGAAACUUUAGCUCGUCGCGUACACGACGACAGACCUCAGGCAAAAUACGCGCGGAAUCCACCUUAUGGAGAAGAUGUAAAAUGGUUAUUGAGAGUGUCGAAGCGUCUUGGCACGCAAUACCUUCAUCAACUUUGUGUUUGUACAGUGAACAGCAUUGUUAGUCCCUUCGUUCUUCAUGACGUUGCAUUGGAAGCAGCGCUGUUUUUGGCUAGAAACAACCGGGCUCUUGUACUUCAACAUUUGAGAUCUGCUCUUUUGACUCCUCUUGUCCUUAAAUGUCAACAAAUGUACAUUCAAUGUAUACAUCAGAAGCUAUACCACUUGACGGCGGGUGAGUACGAAGAUUUCGUCAACGUAGUGUGCGCGGCUAGAGCAGCGUUUCACAUCACUCCGGAGGGCCAUGUUCAGUUCAAGGAACGGCUUCAGUCCAUUAAAAGAUCUCAAUCCUGUACCAAAGAACUGUGGGCACAAAUCAACGCGGCACUACAACAGAACAGCAAAUGACACAGAGCGGAGCCAGGCGUGACGUGGCUCACUUCCCUUCCUCCUCCUCCACCACCUCCGCCUCCUCCUCCUCCUCCACCUACGACGACAACAACCCUCGUGCUUCAGCACCAGCAUCCCUGUCAUCCUUAUCCACAGAGCGUCGUAUGCGUUCACGGUCUGGCUGGCUACCCUCGAUAAACUGGAACAGGAUCUCCAUAACGUGCAUCAUCGACGUACGACUGUCACGUCGGUGGCAUCGAUCUCAAACGACCAUCGGACCAUCAGAGCUAGGGACGGCCGAUAAUCGCAUGUUUAUCUUCGCCAAUUUCAAGGAAGAGAAACCGGAUCGAUACCACCGAACGGGAAAAAUAUAUAUGACUUUCUGACCUUAGUUAAUGUGUCUGAUAGCGAUUGUACGAAAGGAAAAACGAGAGAAAGAGCAUGCGUGUGAAAGGAAUUAUAAUUUUGCUUUUAAUUAAGAAUGAAGUACUAAUGUAAAUGAUAAAAAAGAAGGAGGAAGGGGACUGACGGCCACGUUUUUUUUGCAAUUUAGCAAUUUAGACGUCACCGUCAGUUUCCUGGAGGAUUGAGGAAUGCAAUGUAGUAACAUAUUGAAGGCACACCGUGAUGCGUACGUCGAUCGCUAAAGGCACCAAUUUUUUCCUGCGUUUCGAAAGAAUAAAAUAAAGAAAAUAAUUUAAAAAAAUUAAAUAAUUGGAGGACUGAAAAAUAAGUAGAUAUAUAAGAAAAAGAAGGAAAACAGGAGAGGACGAAACGUGAAAGCAUGAUCAAUGAAUCAAAAUUUCAGGUUUCGCCGGAUGCGAGCAAUCAUUAAUCGGGAUUCUAUCGAAGAAUCAUUAAUUCCAUAACUCGCGGAAAUCUCUUUCUCUUUACUUUAGUUAAGACUCGAUGAGAACGUCUUUAGUCUCGAUUAGAUAGGAAAUUUUAUUUUUCAUUCAUAGAUAGGAUGAAUUAUCUCGCGUUUUAUUUUAUUUUUGUAAACGAAAUAUAAGCAAAUUUUUAAACUAUCGAUAAACGCAUGUCUAUUUAUAUAAUGGAAAAAUGGCGUACGACAUCUUAUUUCUUAAUAAAUAAGAAAGUAAUGAACUUUACUUAAAUCAUAAAAGAAAUUUUGUAUACAGAAGAGAAGAUAAUUUUUACUUUUCCAAAAAUGGCGACCGACCUGGUCCAUCAUUACUCUAACAUCAUCACCAUGGCACCUAUCCUCUUUAUUUUUUUUUUCUUCGCCCCUUGGUUUAUGUAUUUUGCUAUUAAAUAUAUUUUAGUUUCUCUAUUUGAAUUUUCUUCAUUCGCUAUUGUUUUUUAUUUUUAUUUUUUUUUUUAAUUAUAUUGUAGGCGUAUAUUAUACACGUUUGCAAAUAUCUCGUUUUUUUGUCAUUGGCGACAAUCUAUAAACGAAAACAUGAUCUCUGUAAUUUUUAAAGUAAAAUAAUUUGAAGUAUAAAUAAAGCAAAAUUAUAGCUGAUAUCGAUGAUUCGAACUUGAGACACCUCUCCACAUUGCGCUUUGUCAUGCAAAGAAAAUGAAAAUCAAUAAUUGCUAAAUAUGUACUUUAGCAGAGUAUAUUCCAUUUCCGUUUAUGUCGUUUUCAAUGCAUUCAGUUAUAUUUCCUGAUGAAAUAAACGUUGUUUUUAUCCAUCCCGAUAUCCCAUCAUCAAUCACGAUAUUUAAACAUAAAUCGUUAAGCAUAAAAUAAUUUAACGAAGAAUAAUACACACGUCUGUCUAUUUAAAAAAUUUAUUACGAUUAAAAAGAAAGAACUUUUAUCGCAAUUAAUACACAGUUUAGCCGAAGUAGCCUUUGGAAAAUUUAACAACUUGAAGAUUCAGAAUUUUUGAAACUUCAAUUAAAUGACACGUUCUAUAGAGUUCUACAUUUGUCUUACGUUACGUGCUUUCCUUUCAUGAAAACGUUGAAUUAUUAAGGAAAGGAGGAUGUAAAAGACGAAAUAUUAAAUUAUUAAAAAUUUCAUUUUUAUAAUCUAGGACAAGGAUGAUGUCGUCCUUCAAUUCUUAAUUAAUGUAUCUUUUUUUUAAUAGUGCCGAGCGACUGAACGUACAUGUCUGUAGAUAGUAAGAGAAAAGAAAAAAAGAUCUAUGAAAACCACCAUUACAUUAAGUCGACGUAUUCGUUUCAUUCGAGGGAGGAAGCAGAACAGAAUAAUAGUAAAUGGCACUGCCACUAAUCUAACCGCAACGGUGGUUAUGGAAAGAGCAAUAUUUAAGCGUUUUACGUGUUCUAGUGCGAUACCACGAGCAUCAAGAGUAUAGUACUGUUUCGUGUUUCUACAGGGUUAAGGCUCUCAAAGAGAAACAUUUGAAAAAAUAUCGUUUCAUCAUUCGACAGUUCCUAAUUUCUAUUCGUCAAAGAUCAUCGAGCAGAAUUUAAUAACUUUGAAACGAUAAUAAAACACGUUAGGAAGAAAAUAAAAUAUUUAUUUAGAAAAAAUUCGUUGAGAUAUUAAAAAUGAUUGAAAUUACGAUAAUCUUUCAAUUUCCUGUUUUCUCGUCUCUAGUUGUUUUGAUGGUUUAUCUCCACUGUUUGUUUGGUCGAUUAUAAUAAUCUUCUUUGCUCUAUUAUUAGCGUAAUCGUGGUGUUUAAAGAAGUGUGAGACAUGUUUUGUUGAAAUCGUUUUCCCAAUACAUCAGCGAUAAUAUUUUAUCGACAUUGAAUUAUUUCUUCCAGAACGCGUAAAAUAGCGUUGGAAUAAACAAAAACGAUUCCAAUGAAAUCGUUUAAUCGAGAUUUCAUUUUUUACCGUCUUCGUCCUCGAACGAAAGAAACUGAUAGACGAGCCUUAACUCCCGUAAAUUCCAUCCAAUUCGAAACGGGCAGGUAACCGCAAAUAUUGUACAAAUAAUUCGUGUCACGUUUAUAGGUAUGAAUUACUUAAGAUAGAGAGCGUUUUGCUCGUCAUCCUUCGAUAUACGGGGUGGUUUGAUAUAAAUUUUCGUCGAUGUAAUCGAGUAUUAAUUAUAUUAUUAAAUCGUUGAAAGGGAAUGAGACUUCGCCAUAUUGCCCAGUAAAUUAUUAAGAGGAAUAAAUUUAUUAAAUUAUAUCAAUGUGACGUUACGUUGUUCAACAUUCUGAAAUUAAAUAUUAUUUCUAAUACAGACGCGUUUAAACUAUAAUUCUCAUUGUCUAUCAUACACGAUACAAUUCGAAAUAAUACUUCUCGUAUAGUACUGUUUUGAACAUUAUUUCAUCCGAUUGUGGGUUUAAGUAUCCGGUAUAAUUACAAGGGAUAGUUCGAUUUGAUGCAUUUUAUUCGCCACGUUCUAGUUUCGAAGGCAUACAAAUUGUAUAAAACGCGCUAUUUUCUAUGCUUCGAAUUUCCCGCUUCGUUUGAUCGAUCGAACGAUCCCUCGAAUGAUCUCAAAUCCACGAAGAAUUUUAAAUUAUCGUAAAAUGGUGGGUGAUGAAACACGUGUGUACAUUUCAUUUACCGCCCUGUAUGUACAUAAUAUGAAUACGAGCUACGAUUGUACGGUGAUCUAUAGAUGGUAAAAUUGAUCCAUAAAAUGAAGUAGCGUUUGCUCUAGGCCCACUUCUCAGCGUGUGUGCAUAAUGUGCAUAUUACGAUAUCGAUUAAUAGCGAUUAUCCAUAGGCGUAAACAACCUCACUAGCCUACUUAGCAUUUAGAACGAUUCUAGCGAUUAACAAUCCCAUUUUUUCACUCAGACAAAAUGCGAAACUUUGAUCAGGCGCUGGAAGCAUCCUUUCAAGGAUCGAUUGUAAAAGAAAACGGAGAAAGAGAUCCCAAACUCGAACGUAGAACCGCUAGAUUCCCUUUGCUCCCUAAAGCGUGAUGUUUUUUCGAGUGAAACUUAGGUUAGAAUAAACGAAAUUGAAAUACUAUGAACGGUUUGUGGAAAUAUUUCAAAUAUUGUUGUCUCGAAUGAUGGUAAACCAACUGUAAUCAUUAAAGUCGAAACGAGUUAGUAAUAAUAACGUAGAUUUCAUUCGAUCCAUCAUACAAAUCGAUUAUGUUUCUUUUUUGAUCAAGUUGUUCGUUAUCGUCGGGUUGUUUUCGAUUAUUAUCGAUAUUCAUUUGACGCGUGAACUUUAUGGUUGGAAAACAUCAAAAUAGAAAAAACACUCACGUUUCUACAUGAAAGUGCGAAAAAGUUAGGACCUAACUGCUCUUGGCGUCCCAUGUUCAGCAGAUGUUCUAUGAUUCACCAAAUUAUGGAAAAACUUUUACAAGUCAGGCGUGUUAAUAUCAAAAUUCAACAAUUUAACAAAUUACAUUCAACUCACAUUGUCAAAAAAUAAACUUCCCCACCGUCAUCGGCCCAUAUUUAUAUUUAAGGAAAGAAGAUUUAGGUGUUCUUAGAACAUUUCCUGAACAUUAUUCUGUAUUACAUUAUCCUACUCCGUAUCUCUCAGUUUUAAAUGAAAAGCCGCGAAAAAAAAGAUAAGAUGCAGAGGAAAGAAGAUAUAUGAGGCGAUAAAGUAUCUAUUUUUGCACUUGACUGAAAAAUGCUGAAGAAAAUUGCGAAGAAAAAAAAAAGAAAAGAAGAUGAAAAAAUAAGUUUCCUCUCGAUUCGAAGUAUUUAGUCAUUCGAUAGAAAUUAAAGAUUCCCCGUGAUCCGAUCUUCUAUGAACAAAAGGUACAUACUUACAUAUAUUUAUACGUAGAAAUAUCAAAAAAAAAAAAAAAAAAAAAAACGAGGGAAAGAAGAAGAGAAGAAAAACGCAAAGACGCAGGAUAAUGAAUAGAAAAUAAAAUCAAUGUCUGUAAAUAAUCGCAGAUCGUUCUUUUUCGCGCGCGGACAAAUCGACAGAACAUUUUUUUGUAUCGCUAAUCGCGCAGAUAAUUACCGAAUAAUCGCUGUAGACCAACGCUACCGGCAUUGAUCAUCGAUCGAGGUCGUGGCGUGACUUUAGAAUUUUUGUCUAGCUGUUAUUGCAAUUCGAGUUGCACUACAAGCUUCGUAGAAACACAAGGUCCGACGCGUGACGUCAUAAUUAUGUAUGCAUAAAUGAAACAGAGUGAAGUCGAUUUCAUUGGAAAAAGAAGGAGAAAUCUCUCCGAUUUUAAGAAAAAGAUUAACGGAUUCAGUCGACAGCUAUAAGAUUGUACAUAUACGUUUACGGCCACAUUACACUAAUUAUAAGUAUAACGAGUUACUUAAAAAGCGUGUGCAGAAAGAAAUUAGUCGAAAGGUUAAAUAACCUCGAAGAUAAGAUCUCUAUGAGUAUCUCUUUCUUUAAAAUCAUCUUUCGAACGAGAUGAAAAAUAGAAAUAUAAAAAAAGCCAAGAUGGAGUAUAACGAUAUGGAUCGUUCUAUUUAAUGUUUUUCAUCUCUUUCGGAUGAUCGAUAAGAGAAAGGAGAACGUGCCCGCUAUUUCAUUGAACUUUGUGCGUUGAGUUCGUACAUAUAUUGUAAAUUGAGCGAAGAAGUGAGAAUGAUAGGGCUUUUGGGAUUUUCAGUAACGUUUAGACUCGCGAAUAGUAGGUUAUGCGAUUCUGUGUUCAAUCAAGGGAAAUAUUCGAGGUUAGGAUAUUGUCUCGACAGGUUCUUGUGAAUGCAAUUUUUGGAGCCGCAUAGGUAUUCAGAAAGAUAAGAAAAAAGAAAACACUGAAUAACGCUCCAUCGAGUUUACUCCGAUGUAAUUUCGAGUAAUCGUAGUGUUUGCUUUUAAGGUGAUAAAGAAUAAGUUCUACAGCCUGCGAAGUUGCGUUACGAUAUAGUAUCGAUCAUUCCAUUGAAUCUGUCGCGAGUGAAAUUUUGCUCUUCGCUGUUGAUCAGAUUCCAUGAUAAUUAUAUACUGUUCAUAUUCUAUUUGUAAAAUUUCCUUCUGACUUGCAUUCAUCGGACAGGAAAUACUGUACACUAUAAGCGUGUGUCAUCUUUUCGAUUUCCAUAAACCGACUUACCACAAGGAUAUAAUAAAAAUGAAAAUUAAUUAACGCAACCUCGAGGAACAUUUUUUUAGCAGAAUAUAUAAAUACGAAUAAAAGAAUUCUAUAAAGCAAGUCAUUUGGUUUCGCUGUACUUGAUUAAUAUAGAUAAUCAAUAUAUUAUAACGUCUACUAAAUAAAUUUCGAUUUCUAAUUGCGUCCUUUGUCUGUUAUCUUUCUAUUGUAUCGAUCCACUGAAAUACAAUUUCUGAUUUCACAGGUUAA